GCAUCAUUGGCUAAACUAAGCUCUUCUCUUUCCCCAAAAAAACUAGAAUGUUUUGUUAAAGAGACAGUAGCAAGGAAAUGAACACAGAGGAUGUCGCUUUUACGGUAUAAUGUGCGCUACAGGGUUAUUUGACUGGUAUAUAUACCGCUUAAAUGAAAAUUACCGUUAUUACGGUAGUUUAUGGUACUUGCAGACUCCGCGGUGUCGUAAACCACAACAAUAUAACCGUCUCUAGUUAACCUAUGUACAUUACUGUAUGUGUUGUCCACGAAUUCGUCAAUUGAUUCAAUACUAGGCUAGAAUGCUAUCUAGAAUAGCCAAAACAAUACAGCUGUUUCGUUGGGAUGCUGCUUAUACACAGGCCCAAAGUUUGAUACGAUAGGUUUUCUUCUGUGAUUUUUAGCAAGACACCUACUGUUACUUUUGAUUGCCAGCUAACGUUAGCUACUUACCAAGAAACCUCUGAAGAACCCUUUUAAAGUACAGUUCUCUAUGGCCGAGUCACCUUUGUCGGGUGUCAACGUAGUGCUUGUUAUGGCAUAUGGCAGUCUGGUCUUUGUACUGCUGUUUAUCUUUGUUAAGAGGCAGAUAAUGCGUUUUGCUAUGAGAUCCCGCAGAGGACCCCAUGCCCCAAUUGGACACAAUGCACCCAAGGGUCUGCGGGAAGAGAUAGAUGCCCGUCUUUCCAAAGUCCAAGAAAUUUGCUUUGAGCCACGACUUCUCUCGGAGGAUGACGAUAGGUUAACGCAUGGAACACAGUUCAGUUGCUUCAACUACCUGUACAGAAUGAAGGCCCUAGACGCCAUCCGGGACUCCGGGAUCCCACUGCACGAGAUAGGCCGCAACCCAAAUGCCAUCACUGGACGCAGUUUCCGCAACUGGCUGCUUGACCUGCGGAACUCCCACUCCCUGAUCAAGAGCAGCCGCAGCACUCUCAUUGACAAUCUGUUAGAGGGAUACGAAAGUGCACGCCAUGGAACAGGGGUAUUUGGGGAAGCUGAAUAUAUGAAAUAUCAGGAGGCUCUGAAUGAACUAGCCGAAGUUGUGAAAGCAUACUCCAGCUCCACCAGUCUAGACCAGCAUCACCAAUCAGCAGCCAAGGACCUGACAGGCUCACUAGCCCGCAGCACCCCCUCUACCAUCCAGGUCACCUACCUGCCCUCCACCAGCCAGCGUAGCAAGAGGCCAAAGCACUUUCUGGAACUUAAGAGCUUCAAGGACAACUACAACACACUGGAGAGCACCCUAUGAGGGUGAUGUCGUGCAUAAAGAUGACUCCAUCAGUUGCACGGAAGCAUCAGCAAUACCGAAAGCUGUUUGAGACAAUGCUUGUGAGAGGGCACAGUUGGUGCCAUUUAAAUUCCUGCUUUUCAUAUGCAUAUUAUUUGUAUUCAAUGAUGGAUAGUGUGAUUGAGAUGACACUACCUUGGCUGAAGUGUCUACCAAAAAACAUUGUUAUGAGUGCGUAGUGUAAUUAAAGGCCAUAAAUGGGCUCAUUUCAACUUAUGUUGACUUCAUUACCAUUGGACAGGAGCAAGGACCAUAAGACAAAGCAUGUGAAUGGAAUAUCAUGCAGGGCCUUUAUCCUAGAAUCUGUUAUACGUCUAUGGUACAGAUGCACUGGUGCUGACACAUUUACAAAGACUGUUCAAACUGUUUAAUGUCACCUGAACGUGAAUUGUUCAACUUGAAAUGUUUUUGUGCUAUUUAUGUAUUUGUUUUGAAUGUUUGUAGAUUGAAGUAAAUAUAUUUAUACAA